UGACUUCCUGGGCAAUCUGUCCUUCCGGAGACUGUUGAGCGCCAGACGUUUACAUGCAUGUCUGGACAGAGAGCAAGCCUGGCUCAUUCAGACCCCGGGCACCAGUCGGAGCAGAACUCAGUGGUGUAGACACGUGCGGCAGUUUACGCUGUAGGAUCCCCAGACCCACUGGCUUUGAACGUUUUGGGGGCUUACCAUGCCGCCACCCGCGGACAUCGUCAAGGUGGCCAUAGAAUGGCCGGGCGCCUAUCCCAAACUCAUGGAAAUUGAUCAGAAAAAACCACUGUCUGCAAUAAUAAAGGAAGUCUGUGAUGGGUGGUCUCUUGCCAACCAUGAGUAUUUUGCUCUGCAGCAUGCCGAUAGCUCCAACUUCUAUAUCACAGAAAAGAACCGCAACGAGAUAAAAAAUGGCACUAUCCUUCGAUUAACCACGUCUCCAGCUCAGAACGCCCAGCAGCUGCAUGAAAGAAUCCAGUCCUCGAGUAUGGACGCCAAGCUGGAAGCCCUGAAGGACUUGGCCAGCCUCUCCAGGGAUGUCACGUUUGCCCAGGAGUUUAUAAACCUGGACGGCAUCUCCCUCCUCACGCAGAUGGUGGAGAGUGGCACUGAGCGAUACCAGAAAUUGCAGAAGAUCAUGAAGCCUUGCUUUGGAGACAUGCUGUCUUUCACCCUGACGGCCUUCGUUGAGCUGAUGGACCAUGGCAUAGUGUCCUGGGAUACAUUUUCGGUGGCAUUCAUUAAGAAGAUAGCAAGUUUUGUGAACAAGUCAGCCAUAGACAUCUCGAUCCUGCAGCGGUCCUUGGCCAUUUUGGAGUCGAUGGUGCUCAAUAGCCAUGACCUCUACCAGAAAGUGGCACAGGAGAUCACUAUCGGCCAGCUCAUUCCACAUCUGCAAGGGUCAGAUCAAGAAAUCCAAACCUAUACUAUUGCAGUGAUUAAUGCACUUUUUCUGAAGGCCCCCGAUGAGCGGAGGCAGGUUGAUGUAGAGAGCAAUGUUGACAUCCUUGAUUGUCCUCUGACUGAGAUGGCGAAUAUUUUGGCUCAGAAGCAACUGCGUUCCAUCAUUUUAACACAUGUCAUCCGAGCCCAGCGAGCUAUUAACAAUGAGAUGGCGCACCAGCUAUAUGUUCUGCAAGUGCUCACCUUCAACCUGCUGGAAGACAGGAUGAUGACCAAAAUGGAUCCCCAGGACCAAGCUCAGAGAGACAUCAUAUUUGAACUUCGAAGAAUUGCUUUUGAUGCCGAGUCAGAACCUAAUAACAGCAGUGGCAGUAUGGAGAAACGAAAGUCCAUGUACACGCGAGAUUAUAAGAAACUUGGCUUCAUUAAUCAUGUCAACCCUGCCAUGGACUUCACACAGACUCCACCUGGGAUGUUGGCUCUGGACAACAUGCUGUACUUUGCCAAGCACCACCAAGAUGCCUACAUCCGGAUUGUGCUUGAGAACAGUAGCCGAGAAGACAAGCAUGAAUGUCCCUUUGGCCGCAGUAGUAUAGAGCUGACCAAGAUGCUGUGUGAGAUCUUGAAAGUGGGCGAGUUGCCUAGUGAGACCUGCAAUGACUUCCACCCAAUGUUCUUCACCCACGACAGAUCUUUUGAGGAGUUUUUCUGCAUCUGUAUCCAGCUCCUGAACAAGACAUGGAAGGAAAUGAGGGCAACUUCUGAAGACUUCAACAAGGUAAUGCAGGUGGUGAAGGAGCAGGUUAUGAGAGCACUUACAACCAAGCCUAGCUCCCUGGACCAGUUCAAGAGCAAACUGCAGAACCUGAGCUACACCGAGAUCCUGAAAAUCCGCCAGUCUGAGAGGAUGAACCAGGAAGACUUCCAGUCCCGCCCGAUUUUGGAACUAAAGGAGAAGAUUCAGCCAGAAAUCUUAGAGCUGAUCAAACAGCAACGCCUGAACCGCCUUGUGGAAGGGACCUGCUUUAGGAAACUCAACGCCCGGCGGAGGCAAGACAAGUUUUGGUAUUGUCGGCUUUCGCCAAAUCACAAAGUCCUGCAUUACGGAGAUUUAGAAGAGAGUCCUCAGGGAGAAGUGCCCCACGAUUCCUUGCAGGACAAACUGCCGGUGGCAGAUAUCAAAGCCGUGGUGACGGGAAAGGACUGCCCUCAUAUGAAAGAGAAAGGUGCCCUUAAACAAAACAAGGAGGUGCUUGAACUCGCUUUCUCCAUCUUGUAUGACUCGAACUGCCAGCUGAACUUCAUUGCUCCUGACAAGCAUGAGUACUGUAUCUGGACAGAUGGACUGAAUGCGCUACUCGGGAAGGACAUGAUGAGCGACCUGACACGGAAUGACCUGGACACCCUGCUCAGCAUGGAAAUCAAGCUCCGCCUUCUGGACCUGGAAAACAUCCAGAUCCCUGAUGCGCCUCCGCCGAUUCCCAAGGAGCCCAGCAACUAUGACUUCGUCUAUGACUGUAACUGAAGUGGCCGGGCCCACACGUGCCCCUUCCAAAACUGGAACACCUAGCUAACAGGAGAGAGGAAUGAAAACACGCCCACGCCUUGGAACCCUCCAUUGGUAAAGGGAAGCUGUGGGUCCACACUCCCUUGAGCCUCACCUCUAGCCCCGGCAACUUUCAGCCCCUAGCUGGCAUCUUGCUCACCGCCCUGAUUCUGUUCCUCGGCUCUACUGCUUCAGGUCACUUCCCAUGGCUACAGUCCACUGGUGGGACAAGAGCAAAGCCCACUGCUGGUAAGAAGGCCAAAGGGCCCUUCCAUCCUAGCCCCCUGCAGGCAUGCCCUUCCUUCCUCAGGACAGUAAAGCCAGCAGCCCCAGACUGCCCCAAAACUUGCCCACCAGACCAAGGGGAGUGCCCCAAGGCCCCCGUCUGGAGGAAAUGGCCUAGCUACUUGACGAGAAGACCAAACCCCACAUCCCCCUUUUCCGUCUCUAGAAUCAUCUCGCACCACUAGUCCCACUUGAAUUGAGAUCUGCACUCAAAUCUCCUCCCACCUCCCUCCCUGCUUUUGCCUUGCUCUGUUCCUCUUUGGUCCGAAGAGCCUCAGCUGCAGCCUCCUCAUGAUCCUCCCUAGCAUCAGUUUCCCAAACAGUUCACAGGUCCCAUGCCCACUUUGCGUCUGCACUGUGACCAUAACAGAUCUUCCCUCCUCACCAGCUAGUCUGGGGUUUCCUCUCCCUACCCCAGGCCAGAACUGCCUUCUUCAUUUCCACUCAUGCUCCCAGCCUCUUAGCUGAAAGCACAAAUGGUGAAAUCAGUAGUCUCGCUCCAUCUCUAAUAGACUAAACCUAAAUGCCUCUAGGACGGGCUGUUGCUAUCCAAGGAUUUGGUGUUACCUUCUCCUGGGAGGUCCUGCUGCAAAAUGAGUUCCACAGGAUGGUCAAGCUAUCAGACAUCCAAGUUUACAUCAUUGUAAUUAUUAUUGGUAUUUACAAUUUGCAAGAAUUUUGGGUUCUUUUUUUUUUUUUUUGCUUUGUUUUUGUACAAAAGAGUCUAACAUUUUUUGCCAAGCAGAUAUAUAUUUAAUGAAAAGAAGAGAUACAUAAAUGUGUGUAUUUCCAAUUUUUUUUUAAUUAUUUUAAUCCCAAACAUCUUCCUGAAAAUAACAUUCCCUUAAACAUGCUGUGGAAUAAAAUGGAUUGUGAUGA